AUGCCCGUUGUUUUGGUCCGCCCGACCAAUCGGACGCUUCGCUUCGAUUCUACGGGAGCCGAGAUGGGCCCUUCCUCCCGACCUGAGGAGGACUUCCCCAUCCCUGACAGAACGCAUUGCGCCGGGUACACAGCCUGGCGGUCCUCCUGCAGCUUUAACAGGUCUGACAUGGAAACAUCGCUGCAGUUCCAGCACGGCUUCUUCCCAGAGCAGCAGCAGCCGCCUCCUCCUCCUCCCCAGCAGUACAGCCCGGACGAGCAGCUCUUUUUCCAGCAGCAGGACGGUCCGUGUCUCCAGUGCAACAACUGUUCGUUCCACGGUGGGGACAACCUGCCACUUCUGCGCACCUCUUCCCCUAUCACCGCCGGCGCUUUCCGCAGCUCGCCCCUGUCCUCCGCCUCCUCCCGGCAGGGCAGCCAGCUGAACGUGAGCGAGUUGACGCCUUCCAGCCAUGCCAGUUUGUCCAGAACUCCGCACCACCACCACCACCAUCACCCUCCUCCUCCCCCUGCUCCUGCCCAGUACCAGCAGUGCCACAGCCGGCAACAGGCGAGCCCCAGCAGCAGCAUCAACGGCCAGCGCCGGGAGAGUAACCCGUUCACGGAAAUAGCCAUGAGCAGCUGCAGGUACAACGGCGGAGUCAUGAGACCGCUGAGCAACCUGAGCGCGUCCCGCAGGAACCUCCACGAACUGGACUCGGAGUCGCAGCCACUGCAGCCGGUGUCUUGCGCCACACCGGAGAUCGUCGUCUCCAAGCCCGAGCACAACUCCAACAACCUGGUGCCCAACAGCGGAGGCUCGUCCUUGGACCAGGCGUCAGGGAGCCAGAACAAGUCCGGCAAGAAGAAGAACCAGAACAUCGGCUACAAGCUCGGGCAUCGGAGAGCGUUGUUCGAGAAGCGCAAACGCCUCAGCGACUACGCGCUCAUCUUCGGGAUGUUCGGCAUCGUGGUCAUGGUCAUCGAGACGGAACUUUCUUGGGGAGCUUAUGACAAGGGAUCGCUCUACUCAUUAGCCCUAAAAUGCCUUAUAAGCCUGUCCACGAUUAUCCUGCUCGGCCUCAUUAUUGUGUACCACGCCAGGGAAAUUCAGUUAUUCAUGGUGGAUAAUGGAGCCGAUGACUGGAGAAUAGCCAUGACCUACGAACGCAUCUUCUUCCUCUGCCUGGAAAUACUAGUGUGUGCAAUUCAUCCCAUUCCGGGAAAUUACACUUUUACAUGGACAGCACGACUUGCCUUUUCUUAUACCCCAUCCACAGCUACAGCAGAUGUGGAUAUUAUUUUGUCUAUACCAAUGUUCUUAAGACUAUAUCUUAUUGCCAGAGUUAUGCUUUUACACAGCAAACUUUUUACUGAUGCCUCUUCGAGAAGCAUUGGAGCACUAAACAAAAUAAACUUUAACACACGUUUUGUAAUGAAGACUUUAAUGACAAUAUGUCCCGGAACAGUACUGUUGGUUUUUAGUAUUUCAUUAUGGAUAAUUGCUGCAUGGACUGUCCGAGCCUGUGAAAGAUACCAUGAUCAACAGGAUGUUACAAGCAACUUUCUUGGAGCAAUGUGGUUAAUUUCAAUUACUUUUCUAUCAAUCGGAUAUGGGGACAUGGUACCGAACACAUACUGUGGAAAAGGAGUUUGUUUACUUACUGGAAUUAUGGGUGCUGGCUGCACUGCCCUCGUUGUAGCUGUGGUCGCAAGAAAGCUAGAACUUACCAAAGCAGAGAAACAUGUUCAUAACUUCAUGAUGGAUACACAGCUCUCUAAAAGAGUGAAAAAUGCAGCAGCUAAUGUUCUCAGGGAAACAUGGCUAAUUUAUAAAAAUACAAAACUGGUGAAAAAGAUAGACCAUGCGAAAGUGAGAAAACAUCAGCGCAAAUUCUUGCAGGCUAUCCAUCAGUUACGAAGUGUUAAAAUGGAGCAAAGGAAGUUGAAUGAUCAAGCUAACACCUUAGUGGAUUUAGCAAAGACUCAAAACAUCAUGUAUGACAUGAUUUCCGAUCUAAAUGAAAGAAGUGAAGACUUUGAGAAGAGGAUUGUUCUCUUAGAGACGAAGCUAGAGACAUUAAUUGGUAGCAUUCAAGCUCUCCCUGGACUGAUUAGUCAGACAAUAAGCCAACAACAAAGGGACUUGAUGGAAGCUCAGCUGCAAAAUUAUGACAAGCAUGUUGCAUACAGCAUCGAACGUUCACGCUCUGUGUCAAGAAGGCGGCGGUCUUCAUCCACGGCACCUCCAACUUCAUCGGAAAGUAGCUAGAAGGGAAUAAUUUAACCAAAAA